UGGCUCUAUAAGGGGGUGCCCUGGGGAAGGUGGUCCUGGUGUGGGCUUCUGUGGUUGUUGCAGGCUGCUCUGGUGUAUUCCAAGAUGUUUGGCUUGCGGUUGGACAUUAGCAUGCUGCUGGAGCCCCUGGGCUUCAUAAAAGUCCUUCAGUGGAUCUUUUCCAUUUUUGCUUUUGCAACCUGUGGAGGCUUUCAUGGUGAAACUACCCUUUUAGUUUCCUGCAAAGGUGUGGUGAACAAAACGGUAACAGCUGCUUUUGCAUAUCCAUUCAGGCUGAAUACUGUUGUAUUUAGUGCACCAGAUCCAAAACGCUGUGGUGGUACUUGGACUGACAGCUAUCUCGUGGGCAACUUCUCCUCUUCUGCACAGUUCUUUGUUACACUUGCAGUGUUGGUAUUACUCUACUGCAUUGCUGCCCUUGUUGUAUAUGUUGGAUAUAAGCAUGUGUAUCUACACAAUAGCAAGUUUCCACUAACUGACUUACUUGUCACUGUCAUAAUAACCUUUCUGUGGCUAGUCAGUACUUCUGCUUGGGCAAAGGCACUUGCUGACAUCAAACUAUCCACGGGGGCCAGUAUUAUGUCACAAAUGGACUCUUGCAAAGCACCAGGAACGACUUGUCAUUUCCAUUCUGUGACCAGAAUGGGAACUCUGAAUGUGUCUGUGGUAUUUGGCUUGCUUAAUAUGGUUUUGUGGGGAGGAAAUAUUUGGUUUGUAUACAAGGACACCAACUUGCACAACCAGUCAAACAAAAUUCCUCAAGCAGCAGGAAUAUAUCCAGCUCAAAGAAUAUGAAAACAAGAUGAUACCUUGAAGUUCUACUUUCACAUCACCAAGGGCAUGGAGCUAUUAGGAUUUUUUCCAGUAACAACUGGUAGUACAAAAUGAAAGUCUGUACAGAGUAUUAGCUUGAUGUAAGGUCU